AAAUCAAGAAAAAGGCAUAAAAUGGUAGAGAUAGGGGGAAGAUUCAUCAGAACAGCGGCGGCUUUUGAUGUGGCGGCGGCGCGUGCACGUCCUCCGUGCGCUAGCAGCAGCGGAAGCGAUCACUCUCCGGAUGACACAGAAGAUCUUUGGGAUCUGGUCGAAUCUUUUAUCGACAGAGAAGUGGAAACUUUACCUGAGGAGGCUUUUGAGGAAGAAGAAGAUAAAUCGGAUGAGGAUUACGAAGAUGUGAAGGAGAGGUUACGGGAGAUUCUUGAGAAUCACGGAGGCGAAGAGCGGCGGAGAAUCAUGGAUGAGGCGGUUAAUGCUAGUCGGUUCGUUGUCGGAGAGAAACGUCACUUUAUGGCUUAUCUACGUAACAAAGGUUUUGAUGCAGGUCUCUGCAAGUCCCGGUGGGAGAAAUUUGGUAAGAACACGGCCGGGAAGUACGAGUACGUGGACGUCAAGGUAGGAGAUAAGAAUCGUUACAUCGUGGAGACAAAUCUUGCCGGAGAGUUCGAGAUUGCUCGGCCAACGACAAGAUACCUCUCCCUCUUAGCUCAGCUGCCGCGUGUUUUUGUGGGAACACCUGAGGAGCUGAAACAGCUUGUGAGGAUCAUGUGCUUUGAGAUCAGGAGGUCGAUGAAGCGAGCUGAGAUUUACGUGCCGCCAUGGAGAAGGAACGGUUAUAUGCAAGCCAAGUGGUUCGGUCACUAUAAACGAACCUCUAAUGAAGUGGUGAGUAGGGUUAAGAGCUGUGGCUGUGGACCGCGUGUAGGGUUUGAAGAAUCGGUUAAAACGACGGCGUUUAUAGGUUUUAAAGAGGGGGAGAUGAAGAGGAGUGGUUUAAAGGUUGGCCGGCUAACGGUAGCUUUCACCGGCAGUGAAGUGGGGUUGCAAAUAUUUUAGAAUAAAGUAUAGGGCUCUAGGUGUUGAUGUUUCAGAGUUCUUUAUACUAUUGUAAAUAUAUAAGUUUUGGGGGUUUAGAAAGCAAUUAUCUAUAAAAAUUUUGUUUGGCU